AUGACCGUUAGCACGACAUCUGCAGCAUUCUAUAUCACUCCAGUGGUCUUCAAGACCUUCUUCCGUCAUGUACAGUCAAGAGGUCGCAAGUUCCACAACGGCGAUGAGCGUGCUGUUGCGACGGACGACGUCUUUUUCGAUGAGGCCUUCCACAUCGUCAAAGCCUUUAUUCAGAUGGGCACCGAGAACACCAUCGAGUCUCUGCAAGAAUUCACGAACACGCAUGUGAUUGCACCCUAUUGGGCGGCAGUCUCCCCCGUACUCAUACCGCUGUCGUGCUGCAACCGCGCGGCGGACCUGCUCAUCGACUGGUUCGGCCCGGAGGACCUGAAGCAUGUCGUUGGUGGCUCAAAGUGGUGGCAGGUCCGCGGCCUUGACGGCCUCGAUGCCGAAUGGGUCACCGAGAAGGAAUACCUUGGUCCCCAUACCGAGAAGACGGACAAGAAAUACACCACUGAAGAGACGAACAUUAUCCGGAUGGACCAUCUUGAAACUGUUAUGCUCUACGUCCAUGGAGGUGGAUACUCCUGGGGCUCAAUCAAUACGCAUAGAUACCAGAUUAUUCGCUAUGCUCGUAAGAUCAACGGCAGGUGCUUUGCAGUUAACUACAGGAAAGCGCCUCAAUAUCCAUGGCCAUGUCCUUUACAAGACGUCUUGGCAGCAUGGUUCUAUCUUACGGAACCGCCGGCUGGCGCGCUGCACAAACCGGUUCCGCCAUCGAAGAUCGUCAUAGCAGGCGACUCUGCGGGUGGGGGUUUAUGUCUCGUGGCUCUCACGGUUCUACGCGAUAUGGGUUGCGAGCAGCCGGCUGGAGCCGUCCUCAUCAGUCCUUGGGUGGACCUGACACAUAGUUUUCCUAGCGUCAUGAAGAACACUGCCACGGACAUCACCCCACCAUAUGGCUUCAUCUACAAGCCUUCGUCAAUCUGGCCCGUCGAUCCCCUUCCUCCGAACGGCGAGCCUCGCGUCGUCCCGAGCAAGACUAAUCCUCCACCGGGACCAGGACACGCCGACACACUUCGGCCAAGUCCGGAAAGAGUAGUUGAACAGGCCGAGCAGCAGACGGAACAGAGUGCAGAGGAAGGUCGCCCUGCCCGUUCUGGCGAUCUUGAAGAGUCCGAGAAUAUGUCAUCUCUCCCCGAGCACCCAACGAAUGACAAGAAGAACAGCAUGUCCCAGCAGGGAAACCCCUCAGACAAUGACGAGAAAGACAACUUGCCCAAGGGCAGUGUCCGAUUUCCAUCGACGGACUCGAAUGGUAUCAAAGAAGAUGACCCUCGAUACGAUGAGGCCCUGUCGUUCUGGGAGCCGAAGCCGCCGAAGGUGCUCAUGGAGGACCCGAAUGAGCAGCCUUUAGAGCUGCGGUCGCAGAUCCAGUUGUAUGCAAUGAACGAGCAGCUAACACACCCGCUUGUAUCUCCGGUGCUCCAAGGAUCUCUUGGCAACCUUUGUCCUCUGUAUAUUAUUGCUGGGGACGGGGAGGUCCUGCGAGACGAGAUCGUGUACCUUGCGCAUAAAGCUGCGAAUCCGUCCAAGUACCCGACCCGUAAAGGUGUCCUCAGGGAUGCUGUCAGGCAGCAGGAGAAUGUUGAGAAGUUUACCAAGCCGACGAGGGUCCACCUCCAAGUUUUUGAUGGAAUGUGUCAUGUCCUGACUGUAUUCACCUUUACGGACAGUGCAAAGUAUGCAUACCGUUCCAUCGCCGAAUUUGUCAAACAUGUCACAACCCAUGACGCCGCACACCUCGAGAGGAAUCCGUUCCCCGAGUUCCAUCUCCCGCCUGCAGACAUUGCAGAUUCUGCAGCCGAAGACGAGGAGCGCUCCCGAAACUUCAAGUCACAACAGGUGCAGGCGCAGAGUGCUGCGGUAAAGACCAAUGAGGACUCGAAUCAGGAGAACAAAACUAAGAAGAAUGAAAGCGAAACGAGCCAAGACACCCAGAAGACUCUGAACGGCAGCGUCAAGGUACAGACCAGGGAGAAGGCUACGGAUGGCGAGGCAACUAGGCCCACGAACGAGGAUAUUUUAGGUGUUGUUAUGCUUCGUGAGCGCGUGGACAUCUUUGGUCAAGUGCGACCUAUGGAACCCGAGGAGGAUAUCCAAGCUUUGAACAUCCCCGCCAGGCUUAUUGGCAUCAUCAAAGAGGAACCCGUCAAACGGUGGCUCACCGGGCAGGAGCUCUGGGACCAUCGUUAUCACAAGGCGGCUGUGCAGGCUAUCCAGCAAAGGGAGCACUACGAGAAGAAGUACGCCAUGCUCUUGGAGAAGUCGCGCAGUCAAGGCCUCGAGCUCGCCAAUGAUCAUCAGAGCCAUUCAGAAUCUAGACGUCGGCGGGCCUCAACAGCCUCAAAUGAGUCGAUGCUGUCCACGAACGGAGAGAUUGUUCAGGACAGACGCUACGGGCCGUUCGACGCGGAAGACGAGCGGCCAGCUUCGAGUGCCAUUGCGGGAAGGCGGGACAACGGGGAGUCUAUUGCGCUUGCAAAGAAAUGUAUCUACUACACAGCCCCGGCGACACAUAAGAACGUACCGAAGCGCUCGACGGCAGACACCAUUCGCGCGGCCUUUGACCAUGAAGACAGCCCGACGAAGCCUCCGAAACAGUCCGCCUCUGAGCAGCAGACAGACAGCAAUAUCCAUCCCAUGCACGGUCUUCGCAUGUGGCAGAACAUCAUUACGUGA